CACAGCCAUGUUUUGAUAAACAUUAAUGUCAGAUCUUGAGCAUCAUCCACACAAGACGCUGCAGCAUAAUGGAAAGAAUUGAUGAACACAAAUGGACAAGGAUUAACAUAAGCAACUAAAUUUAAAGGUAUAAAAAUCAAUUCUCAUUUCUAAUGUUUCCUUGAAAUCGUGGGGCUCAUUUAUAGACCCUUCAACAUCCCUUAUGACAGUCAUUUUCUCUUGUGGUACACGAUUAUGUAGCAGAUUUUACUUCGGAAUAAGAUGAUCUUGUCUUUGGGAGGCACAGAAAUGAGGAAGUGGUGAAGUGUGGUAGAAGGAGAAAAUGUUUUACUUAAGUAAAAGUACCAAUAACACACCUCAAGGUGAGAUAAGUACAAUCUCAAGGAGUAACAUUGUUCCCUACAUUAUGGUGAAUGUUAAGAAGUAACAUUAAAUUUAAAUGCCUAUGUAAAUUGCAUGCACAUUAGGUACACUGUGAGAAAAAAUAACUUUCCAUGGCUAGUGGUGAGGGUGGUGGUUAGUGAUAUCUUCUCUCAGCAAUGCUUUUUUCAUUGUGGUGAGCUGAUAUUAUACAUCUGUGCAGUAGAUGGUGCUCUAGUGCUGUAGCAUGAACAUGAACUCGAAAGAAGAAAGUAGAAGAAAGAAUAUGGUUAAACAUGGUUUGACAAGUCUGUAUUUGUAAUAUUUGACAUCCUCUAUGGGACUAAAAUUUUGUAGUUCACUAUAGGCGAAGUAAGCCAAUCUGCAAUUAGCUCAUAAACUCAUUGUCACUCUUAUUCAUUGUUAAAUUAAAUAUUUUAGUAAAAUGAUUUAAUUAACCCUAUAACAUUAGUGAAAAACGUUACAGCUUUCUCUCAGUUAAAUCUUUAUGUGCAUCAUCCAUAAACAUAAUGGAUGAUGCACACAAACCUGGUCAUUUGAAAAUCUUGUGACUUUCACGUUAAGCUGCUAGUAUUCAACACUAUUAUACACUUUGAGGAAGUGCACUUAAGGCUUUAGCUUUCACAAGUAGAGAACAUGGCAAAGUGGCAAAAAAUUACAACAGUCACACUUGUGUUGAAAUUGCUUCAUUAGUGUUUGGUCAGCGCUGUUUUGCUUUUACUUGAGAAUCCUCUUUUUUUGUUUUUCUGGUCUGGUGUUUCAUUUUAUCUUCUUCUUUCUUCUUCUUUCUCAUGAAUGAUUUCUCAUCGUUUUCAGCCACAUGGUGCAAAGCUUCUACUUUUCACAGAGUGAGGACCAUUAGUCCAUCAUGUGAUUACUCCCUAAAGAUGUUUAUUUAGUGCUUAUUGCCUGUUUCAAUCUUAAAUACUGAACAAAAUGGUUAUAUUUUAGUCAGUGUAAUAUCACUUCAGUCCUAACGAACAAAAGUCUUUCAAUCAUAUUGAUCAUAUGUUUUGCAAAUAUGCAGUUGAUGGUUUGAAAGAUUUAUAUGGUGGUUAGAUGAACGAACCUGUCAACACUGUCUUUAAGCAGACGUGACACCACAGCAGCUGUGGGUCUGACUUAAAACUUGUUUCUCAUCUGUUUGGGUAACAGCAUUCAUGAUCAAAAUGAGGAAGAACUACAAUUGCAUCAUCAGAGUUCUUCUUGUGAAAAUUACUGAGAGUGUGUGGGUUGUUUGGCUUCUUGACCAUCAGUGCAUUCGUAGUAAAAAUGUGUUAAUGCAUUAAUGUGUUUAUGCCAUUGCGUUUAUGAAUAAAAAAAAAUAAAAACACAAUAUGACAAGUGAUCAGUAAAGGUCACAACACAUUAUGUUAUUCCCCUUUUAGGGGAUUUUUGCAUUUAUCAAUCCUGUUAUCUAUUUAUCUCUGUCUAAUGGCUGUUGACAUGUUCAGGAGUAAAUGAGGUUAUAUGACAUGUGGCCAGCAGCGUUAUUUGGAAACCAGCACAUACUUAGAAAUACGAACUGAGAAAAGGGGCAUCGUGAAAUACUAUUAAUUUCUGCCUAGUAAAUAAGAAACAACUCUACAGUUAUAUGUGAGGAUACAGACAGACAGCUUACAGACUAGACUACAAUUAGCCAAGUACAGCCAUGGCAUAACAUUCAUUAAAAUGACUGCAGAAAUGAGGAACUGUGCUGUGCAGUGUGCAAGUAAGAUGCUGAAAUCUUUUUCCUACUAAUGAUAAAUUCAUUCAGGGUAACAAUGAGUGGGUGGUCUCCCCUUACUGUCACAGGGCAAGAACAAAUUUCAGGAAACAUCAGUUUCCUGGAUGCUAUUACAGUAGAAUACGUGUAAGAUUUAAAUCAUAUAUCAUCUGUGACUGGUUACUGUUGCCUAAUAUUUGGCAAAUAUUACAUUGUUUAUACACUGCAAUUUUUCUAGAAAAGAUUAUGAAAUGAUGCUGUCAAAGACAUCAAUAUUAUUGUACGUUUAUUAUUUGAUUUUAAUUAGCGGUGGUGGUGGUAGUGUGGUGGUUCAAACACACUGCUCAGUGUAACACAGUUCAAUUUAGACCAUUUCUAUCCAACAAACACCAACCACAUUACAUCAGCCCCUGACAAUUUAUCAUAAUUGUUGGAAUGGAUUACAAUAGAACAGUGACGGUGUAAACGACGAGGCCAUUGAGAUUACUGAUACACGUCUGCUAGUGUUAGUAGAGUAAAUCCAGUCGUGAAAAGCUGAUAUUUCUUAAACUAUACAAUAAACGUCAACCUUUAACUGUAAGGCAACUGCCUUGUCAACAUCAUCACAUAUUCACUGUGAACAUGCAGAGCACACUCUACAUGAACUGUGUAAGUUUACGUAUCUGUUUUAAGCAUUAAUGUGUCCCCAUGACCACCCCCCAGUUACACUGAAAGAAAGUGUGCACUUCAGCACGUUCCAUUGACCGCAGCAGUACUGCAAGCCUUUGCACAUCCACAGUUCCAGAACACCAAACAGAACAACAGACAAGGACUGUGCUGCAGCGGCCUCGCAUCACAGACCCUCCCCCUUACCCCAAUAGCAUCCCCUGACCCCCCCCCAAAUACUUCCAUGUAGUUCAGCAGGAACGAGUCACAUGGCUUUUUGCACACCAACUCAUGUCCAUUUGUACUGUGCUGAUUGUUUUAAAGGAUUUUGCCUCCAUCAACAGAAAAGUGGGGGGUUAACCUUUUGGAAUUCAGCCUAGGCCAUCCUCUUUGACAUUCGCUCACUCCUGGCUUGCACUCUCUCUCACUCUUUCCCUAAGGAAAGCCUGAUACUUAAGAGGGUUGAUUUAUCCUGAGGAAUUCAGUGCAUAAAGCCUUAACCACAGUCAUAGGAUCACUCAUGAUGUACAGCUUCAUGGGAGGGGGCCUUUUUUGUGCCAUUGUGGGGAACAUCCUGUUGGUGGUCUCCACAGCCACAGACUACUGGAUGCAGUACCGUCUGUCUGGGAGCUUUGCCCAUCAGGGCUUGUGGAGAUACUGCAUGUCUGGAAAGUGCUACAUGCAAACUGACAGCAUUGCAUACUGGAAUGCCACUCGUGCUUUUAUGAUCCUGUCUGCCAUGACAUGCUUUGCUGGCAUCAUCGCAGGAAUCCUCUCCUUUGCCCACUUUUCUGCCUUUGAGCGGUUUAACCGAUCAUUUGCUGCUGGAAUCAUGUUCUUUGUUUCAACUCUCUUUGUUCUGCUUGCAAUGGCCAUUUACACUGGGGUGACUGUGAACUUCCUGGGCAAGCGCUUUGGUGACUGGCGCUUCUCUUGGUCCUACAUACUGGGCUGGGUGGCCCUGCUAAUGACCUUCUUUGCAGGUAUAUUCUACAUGUGUGCCUACAGAAUGCAUGAGUGCAGAAGAGUGGCUGGCCCACGUUAAUGUAAAGAGGAAAAAGUGUGUCAGGGCUGCGGAAGACAUUAGUUUACAUUUAAAGAUUGGCACCUUGGUGGAAAAAAAUAAAAUCUGGAAAACUG